GGGGCGGCGCUUCCGCAGGACGGGGCGGCGCCUUCAGGGGCGCCAGGAGGGAUGCAGGCGAGGGGCCCCCAGACCGGCCUGCGCCCCCGGCGGGGGCCGUCCGUGCCGCGCGCCCCGCCUUUCCUCUUGAACCGCAUCCAGGGUUUCGCCUUUAAAAUGCCCGGGCGGCUGCGGCUCAGCUCACAGCCCCCCUCGGUCGCCGCCUCUGCCGGGGCGCUGACUCAGCUGCAGCUGGGCCUCCCGCACUCGGGCCGGGUGGGAACCCCGCAAAGGCCGCGCCGGUUUAGCCCCGUGCAGGGAAGCGCCCGGGGCUUCCAGGAUCCGGCCCCCUGACCCGACGCCUUUGGGGCCAGAUGGGCCUGACCUGCCCCACCCCCUGGAGCAGCCCUGCAUCAUGCCCCACCUGAAGGCCCUUGGAACCUGGUAACCCUCUGCUGGCAGGUCAGCGGGAAGGGCCCAUCCGAGCCCACCCCCUACAUCCAAGCUCCAAGAGACCACACCCCUACACCCAAGAGCACCCCUCUCCUCACUUGGCUUCAGAGGUAGGCAGCCCUGCAGGACUCCUUGUUGCCCGAGGGAUUCCCGCAGGUGGAAGAUGGUCAUAGCCGGCCCCGAGCCCACCUGCACCGUCACCGCCGCCUGGCCAUGGACACGCCCACACCCGAGCCCCCGUACCUGGAUGUGGACAAGGGGCUGACGCUGGCCUGCUUCGGCUUCCUCUGCUUCUUCCUGCUGCUGAUGAUCGUGCGCUGUGCCAAGGUCAUCAUGGACCCCUACAGCGCCAUCCCCACCUCCACCUGGGAGGAGCAGCAUCUGGACGACUGAGACGCCCCACCAGGAAGAGGGAUCGCCCCGGGAGGCAAAGGUUGGGGAGCACGGGUAGGGUCCAGAACUGACCGCACACCAUAGUGUGCUCAUCGGGGACUCUGCCAGCACUGGGGGCUCCGAACACCGCAGGAGCCCCUCUCUUCCUCCCUGUGGGUUAACUAGCUGUGCACUUGGAAACUUCGGGACAUACAAAGAGAAGGCGGGGGCUGCCCCCUCUAAGCCACCUCUGGGCUGUCAAGUCUUUACUCCUUAGGACCCGCGGGCUGCACUCGGACACGCGCCAGCAUAACAGGAACCCCCAGAGCUGCAGACCCCCACAUACUGCUCCCCACACAGGUAGCUCUGGUGGCGAGGAAAGGGGGCAUAGUCAGGUCACCCAGCUUGCCAUGAGUCUACCACACCAGGUAUCCUGGGGUGGGCAGAGACAGGGGGCAGUACUGUCCCCCCAGCCCUGUCCAAGAAGAGCUGUCCUCUACUCU